AUGCCUUUUCAAGUCCCAGAGUUCCUGGGCACCUAUCGCUUCUGGGUCACCCUGUCUCUGGCUGGCUCCGUUCUCCUGGUCAGGUUUGCGCCUCAAUAUUCAAUUUUCCAAUCCUACACAUGGACAGCCUCUGUGAUUUUCCUCUUCCAGGCCUUUAUCUGGGCAGUCUACGUUAUCUUCAUCUACCCUUUUUACACGAGCCCUCUGCGUAAUCUGCCGACGGUCAAAGGAGGUAGCAGGAUCUCGGGCCACUGGCGCACGAUGCUCAAAGAACCCUCUGGGGUGCCUCAGAGACGCUGGGCUCAAGAGAUUCCCAACGACGGCCUGAUCCGCUACUUGCACCUUUACAACCGGGAACGUCUGCUGGUCACUAACCCCAAGGGCCUUGCCGAAGUUCUGAAUACGAAGAGCUAUGAAUUCAUUAAGCCCGAGUUACUUCGCACGGGUAUCGGACGAGUCCUAGGUGUUGGGGUGCUGCUUGCAGAGGGCGACGACCACAAAGCGCAGAGGAAGAAUCUCAUGCCGGCGUUCCACUUUCGCCACAUCAAGGAACUCUACCCGAUAUUUUGGUCCAAAUCUCGAGAGAUGGUGCAUGAGAUCCAGAAACAGCUGGAGUCGUCGUCCGAGCCACGGCCCUCGAUUGAAGUUAGCGAAUGGGGCAGUCGCGCAACGUUGGACAUCAUCGGUGUGGCCGGCAUGGGUCAAGACUUCAACUCCCUGCAAGACCCGACGAACGAAUUGAAUCGUGUCUACCGGGCUGUCUUCCAGCCAGAUCGCACUGCCCAAAUCCUGGGUCUCCUCUCCUUCUUCCUUCCAGCGUGGUUUCUCAACAACCUCCCUAUCGACCGGAACAACCAAGUACAAGCCGCAUCGGACGUGGCAAAAGACACAUGCCGCCAGUUGAUCGCGCAAAAGAAGCAGCGCAUGGCCAACAAGGAGCCCAUGCAGCCGGACAUCAUUUCCGUGGCGCUCGAGUCCGGCGGGUUUACUGACGAAGAGCUCGUCAACAACAUGAUGACCUUCCUCGCCGCCGGCCACGAAACCACGGCAUCGGCGUUCGCCUGGGCUGUUUACCAACUGUGCCAACGACGAGAUAUCCAGGCACGCCUGCGGGACGAGAUCCGGUCGCACAUCUCCAGUCUCGAUAGUGACGACAUCACCGCCGAAGUCAUUGACGGCAUGCCCUACCUCCACGCUGUCUGCCAGGAGAUUUUACGUCUCUGGGCGCCCGUGCCACUCACCCUGCGCGACGCGGCCUGCAACACGUCGAUCCUGGGCCACUUUGUCCCCAAGGGCACCAAGGUCAUCCUCUCGCCGUGGGCCAUCAACCACAACACGGCGCUGUGGGGCGACGACGCCUCCGAGUUCAACCCGGACCGGUGGACCGCCCCGGGCCAGGCCAACGCCGGCGGCGCCGUCAGCAACUACGCCUUCCUGACCUUCCUGCACGGUCCGCGGAGCUGCAUCGGCGCCAAAUUCGCCGUCGCCGAGUUCGCAUGCCUGGUCGCCGCGUUCGUCGGCACCUACGAUUUCGAGAUGGUCGACCCGGACAGGGACAUCGAGAUCAAGGGAGGCGUCACGGCCCGCCCCAAGGGCGGUAUUGAGGUAUACCUCAAGCCCGUCGAGGGGUGGACGACUUGA